GAACAUUCAUUAAAACACAAUUGUCACAGUUAAAUCGGAUCUUACAAUUAGAAAAAGAAAAUAAAGAUCCAAGAAUCAGAAUGGAGUUAAGGCAAUUAAAACAACGAUUAGAAAAUAUGGAAACAAAUUAUAAAUACGUUUUCCAAUUAACAAAGCAACAAACUAAUGAACACAUCCAGGAAAUUGAAAAAAAGAAAAGAGACCUAGUAAAAGACUUGGAAGAAGAAUAUGGAUAUACAACUAACCAAGCACUAACCUUGGACAGAAAAGACUUUAAAGCAAUGGAGGAAUAUGAACAACGAAUCCUAAUAAAAAGACUUGCUAGACAAAUGGAAUUAUGUGAAA